AUGAUAUCCGAACCUCUCCAUUCGACGUCUCCCUCCCGUCGCCGGCAACGCCUCUCCGCCUCUUCCUCGUCAUCGGCUUCCGAGGGUCCCAAGCGUCCUCGGCUCGCCGACCCGCCUGCCAUGGCCUCUGUCCGGGCGAGAGGCAAGCUACCCGAGACCGUGGACCUGACGACCGGAGGCCCGUCGGCCUUUCAGCCAUACAGCGGCGCUAAAAAGCUUGUGAUCAAGAACCUGCGCCCACCUGUUAACCGCGAGUCCCAGGCCGAAGAGUACUAUACCCGGACCGAGAAAGGUCUCGAGGAGGCCCUGCAAGCCAUCUUUGCUGGCAGGCGCCCUGCCGUACCGUUGGAACGGCUGUAUCGCGGAGUGGAAGAUGUUUGCCGCAGAGGCAACGCGGCAAAAGUAUACCGCUUGCUCAAGGAGCGCAUAGACUCGCACCUGCAGCUCACGGUUCUGCCAAGGAUGAAGCGCAACAGUGGGCAAUCCAGCAUUGAUGGCUUGCGAAGCGUCAGAGACGAAUGGAGGAUAUGGAACACCCAAGCCGUUACCAUCCGCUCAACGUUCAGUUAUCUCGACAGAACAUAUCUCCUUCGAGAGUCGCUUCCUUCCAUAAACGACAUGACCAUCACCUGCUUCAGACGGAUGGUAUUCCCGCCGUCGCGGCCCAUCACCGGGACGCCGGGCGAGGAUGUCAUUGCUGGAGUGUGCCAGAUGAUUGACCACGAUCGCCGCAACGAUGAGCGCUUAGAGCCCUCUCUCCUGAAGGAGUCGGUUCGCAUGCUCCAUGUUUUGGGGGUCUAUGUCAAGCAUUUUGACGCCGUGUUUCUCCGACAAUCGCAGGCGUACUUUAAAGAGUUUGGCGAGACGUGGAGCGCCUCUGGACUCAAGGAAUAUAUUCUGGCGUGCGAGACUCUACUCAACACGGAGGAGCAUAGAUGCAUCGCCUACAACCUGGAUAGCACCACCGAAAAGCAGCUCAUGGACUCGGCUCACGACAUUCUUGUCAAUGAUUACUCGGAAAAGCUACUGCAUGCGGACAACCUCUCCUCCCUGUUGUCAGACCGAGACACCAGGUCGAUGAAAGGCUUGUACGACCUCUUGCGGCUCUCGGGAAUUCAAAAAAGAAUGAAGGAACCAUGGGCCGAGUACAUCCGAACGACUGGUGCGGCCAUCAUAUCGGAUCGAGAAAAAGGAGAUGAAAUGGUUCUUCGGCUGUUGGAGCUCAGAAGAUGUUUGGACCUCAUGAUCCGAGACGCUUUCCAGAAAGAUGAGGAUUUCUCAUGGGGCAUGCGCGAGGCGUUUGGCAAGUUCAUGAACGACCGGGCAACGGCGUCUUGCUGGGAUACAGGGACGGCCAAGAUUGGCGAAAUGAUUGCCAAAUACAUCGACGUGCUCCUGCGGGGUGGCCUGAGGACGCUUCCCAAGGAGCUGCUGUCUGACGUCAAGGACAGAGCAGCCGCCGAGAGGGAAGGCCAGGCCAGCACGGCUGAUGAAGAUGCCGAGCUGGACAGGCAACUGGACCAGGCGCUGGAGCUUUUCCGCUUCAUCGAAGGGAAAGACGCCUUUGAGGCCUUUUACAAGAAAGACCUCGCCCGGCGACUGCUGAUGGGCCGCAGCGCGAGCCAAGACGCGGAGCGAAACAUGUUGACGAAGCUGCGUAGCGAAUGCGGAUCCAACUUUACGCACAACCUGGAGCAAAUGUUCAAGGAUCAGGAGCUUGCCAAGGACGAGAUGGACGCGUACAAGCAGUGGAGCGAGUCCGCGUCCGAGCGCAAGCCGGCCGUCGACCUGUCGGUCAUGAUCCUGUCGGCCUCUGCUUGGCCGACAUAUCCCGAUGUCCGGCUGAACCUGCCAGACGAGGUGGCGACGCAGGUGGAGCGCUUCGACCAGCACUACAAGAACAAGCACACGGGCAGAAUACUGGCGUGGAAGCAUUCUCUGGCGCACUGCGCCAUCAAGGCGACCUUCCCCAAGGGCUCCAAGGAACUGCUGGUAUCGGCCUUUCAAGCCGUCGUGCUCAUGGUGUUCAACAAUGAGCCGCCCAAGAACGGCUUCUUCACCUACCAGCAAAUCUCCGCCGCGACGGGGCUUCAAGGGGGCGACCUGGACCGGACGCUGCAGUCCCUGGCGUGCGGCAAAGCCCGGGUGAUUACGAAGCAUCCAAAGGGGAGGGAUGUCAAGCCGACCGACACAUUCACCUUUAACAAGGCUUUCACAGAUGCCAAGUACCGCGUGAAAAUCAACCAGAUACAGCUCAAGGAGACCAAGGAAGAGAACAAGGCGACUUACGAGCGCAUCGCCCAAGACAGACGGUUCGAGACACAAGCAGCCAUUGUGCGCAUCAUGAAGAGCCGCAAGACCAUGGGGCACGCGGAGCUGGUGGCAGAGGUGAUCAACUUGACCAAGAACAGGGGCAGCGUAGAGCCUGCGGCUAUCAAGAAGGAGAUUGAGAGCCUCAUUGAGAAGGAUUAUAUAGAACGGGAGGAUGGCGCGUACACGUACUUGGCUUGA